AACCGCCGCCCGUGCGAAUGUGGACAAUACCUUAAGUCUACCAGAAUAAACGAAUCAAAGCAAGUUAAGCACGGCGUUCGAAAGCCUUCACCGCGGAAAGUGGAAACGGAAGUGCUUUGUGAAGUGUGUUCAGUUUAGAAGAGUAGUGAUUGAUAUAAAAACAAUUUGUGCAAAUACAGAUUUAAGAAUAUUAAAACAUCGCACAUAAACGGCCACCAGCAUUUGAAAUGAAAUACAAGGACACAUUAUUGCUUGUACAAAUUACAUGGUGAAUAAAUGAAGUGUAAUAAAUGCGAGUAAUUGCGUCAAUAGAACUAACUGAAUACUAAUUGCUGUAACCAAGUUUCCUUGUGCCACAAAAAUACUUAGCAAAAUGUCUCCAAGUCAUUAUACAAUAAAGCGGUUUCUUCAAGAAUAUAUCAUAUUUACAAGUUUGGGAUAUGCUUUUUCCCGAUCUUUGCCAAGUGCAAAUAAUAGACCAACUCCACAAUUUGAACAUCAUUUUCAAAGUAAUUUGGCAGUGCACCCAUUCUAUUACGGUCAUCCGAAUUCCCAGGCUUAUUGGCCCCAUGAGCCAGUUGGUACUUUUUUUGACAAAAAGCGUGGUAUAUUACGGUCAUUUCCCGGCGGAGGCGUACCAGUGUUGGUCGACCAUCACAAGCGUUGUUCCAGUAACUUUGUGGGCAUUAAGCCACAUCCCAGUCAACGGCAAUACUACUACGUUUGUAAGCCCGAUUGUGUGAUAUUUGGGAAGUGUCAAAACCUGCAGUCGUUCGAUGCUACCAAAGCGCAGUGCAUUCCGUAUCCUACCCCUGACUACACUCCAGUGUGUGUAAAACCUGGCCGCUUUCCCAUUUCAACAGAUUGCUCGAUAUACUACAGAUGUGAUGCAGAUCUUAAAGCACACAUCCAUUCGUGUCCACGAAAUACCAUUUUUUCGCCGCACAACGAAAAGUGCAUAUGCGGCGCUCAUUGCAAUCCAACAAAAGUUUCACUCCAUAGUUCGCAUAUACCUCAGGACUGUGAGCACAAAUUUCCACCAUGUCUGCAAAACGGCACUUUUCGUACGCCCACGGAUUGUUCUCUCUACUAUACAUGUGUUAAGGAAGGGUCGCUCUAUCUGCAAACUCGCUUCAAAUGUCCAGAGCUAGAGUUUUUUGAUCCUGCAAAGGGUACUUGUCGGCCGCAACAUGAAGUCGCCUGCGAUUCUAUACAACUAUCUGAAUUGGUAUUUCCCAGGCCACCACCACUACCUCACCUUCCCGUAAUAUAUCCUGCACAUUAUUCUAUGGACUCACUGGAUGAUAGUGACUACCCAACGGAAUAUUCCCUAUCUUGCUCUAAAGAGGAUACAAUCAGCGCCAGCGUUAGCUCAAACGAAAGAACGACGUCUUCAAAAUUUCCUGACUCAUUAACAACUUCACCAUCUAAACAAAUGGUUGAUACAAGCUCUGAAAAUUCUAUAGAAAUAAUUGCACACACACCAAGCUCUUUUACAGCUUCUGCUUUCGGCGUAACAUCGACAGAACCCUUAUUACAAAGCCAUUCGUCACCAACAGGAAAUUCGAACGGAAUAAUCCUCUCAUCAACUUCUCCGCCCAUAACAAUUGGCAAUACUUCCCAAAGUCCUAUUUUAUCACCCGAAGUUGCUUCUACUAAAACCUUUGCGCCUAAAGCUGUUCCGACCACUAAUUCAGUAGUUGUAGGUGCUUUCACUCCAACAUUUCCAUCAUUAAAUCCAUCUAUUGUGAGCUCUUCUCCUGACAUAAUUUCAGUUCAAACCAGCUCACCAAUAGAUUUCGUUCCAUUCGUUCCAACAAAACUACAAACCAGUUCUUCCACAAUAGCGUUUUCAUCAACAGCUUCCUCAAUAUUUCACUCAUCACGAACGAAACACUCUACACCUCCUUCCACUCCUAUAACUAUGUUACCUAGAGACUUCUCUACAACAAAUACCAGGUUAGCAGCGGCUGCUGAAAUAACUACUGCUCCUUUAAUACCCAGUUCAACAACUCCAUCGUCGUCAACAAGUUUUUCAAGUUCUACAGAUGAAGAUCGCUCUUUACCAACAAAAUCUCACACUAGUACCUCUUUAAUAAAUAUACUGCAUAUGAGUUCACCGACUGUUCACUCAUCUUCCGUCGAAAUAAUUACAACCGGAACAGUUUCCACUUCCGAUUCCCAACCGCACACUACUCUUCCCAUAACAGCUUUAUUUCCACCAGAUUCCACAACAACUGAACUACCAACGACCCAUUCAAGAACUAUACAAUCCUCUAUGCCUACUGAUUCAUCGAUUCUACCUCCGGUGACUUCAAAUACAACUUCAUCGUUACUAGAUGAUUCUUCUCCAUUAGGCACUGUAGAAUCUAUUAAUGUGACUAAAAUUAAGCCAACUGUUUCUACCUCCACUUCAGAAACAACACCUGACCCUAUUACAAAUACUUUAAACCACAAUGAAAUUAGAAGUAUAAGAUCAAGUUUAUUGAUCCAGCCAGUUCAGUCAAACGAAAGCAAUGUCUUUGAACAAACCGUCAAUAGUGAAUACGACUCCAAUGAAUUUGAAAAGCCUGGCUUCUACGAUGACUAUGAAUCGGAUUUUGAAACUACUGAAGUUUCGACAACAGAUAAAUGCGUACAAAGUGGGGCGUUGAGCGACAGAAAUAAACCAACAGAAAAAUCAAAAAGUAAAGAUACAGAAGGUAUAAUGAAUGAUUUACAUGAUGGUACCGAUGCCAGUUAUUAUGAAGGAGGCUCUUUUGAAGUAAUAUCUUCAAGCACAGUAUCUGCUCUCCAUGAAGAAUCCGUUUCGACGACCCAAUCAACAAGAUUAAUGCUAAAUACUACUGUUCGCUCAGCUAGAAGAAAUGUGCCGAAACACAAUUUUGAAUUACAUAAUCAAUCCAUCACAAUACAUCAGCAAUUAAAUAUUGGACCGAAUAAACUGGAUGUAAUUAACGUAGAAAAACCUUUGUUUAAAAAUUCAUCUAAAAAUUGUAGUGAUGACUUGGAAACUACAGGCCCUACAAAUAUCCACAACUCCUUGAAAAAUAUUUUCGCUAAGCCAAACGAUAAAGAACUUUCCACCAUCACUUCCUCAGAAAUACCUACUUUUGAAGAUAGUACCGAUACUGAAUUGACUACCGAAACUCCUAAAAUUAACUCUCAAAGCAUAGAAAAUUCAAAUAUUAUCAGUUCAAAUGAAUACGAAUUGGGAUCAACUAAAUCUUUCUCACAAAUGGUUUCAAACUUCAAUACUGAUAAUCAACUAGAAGACUCGAUGAGCACCAUGCAACCGUUAGAAUUUGCUAACCAGAUCACCGCUAAAGAGAUGGAAAGUUUCACAGAAAGUAAUAAAGCUGCUCAUAUCGCCGCAGUGAAAAGAGAUGAAGAUUUAGGGAAUAGUGAAGAUGUAGACUCACAGAUAAGUGUCAGCAAAUCACUUAUGCUCAAAGAGAAUUCAUGGAAGAGCCAAAAUAAUACUAAGCCGAAAAAUUCUACGAAAAAUUCUCAAAUAUUUUCAAAACUCAAAGAGAAAAUGUUAAACAAUAAACAAAACAAGAAUGUUAAAGAGAUUUUUAAAGGUGAUGAUGACGGAACAACAAAUACAAAAACUCAAAUCAGUGAGCUUCAAACAUCGACUGUAAAAGAAAGAUCUGUGACAGUAAACUCUACAAAUACUAAGCAAGACAAAGAAUCAGGGAGCUCGUCAAAGAUCUCUGCUUUACAAACAUCAAUGAAAGCAAUUAAGAAAAAAAUAGAAGCAGUAACGACAACGGAACCAACGACAUUGAAGAGGGCAAGGCAGGUUGGGGAUAAAAUUAACAACAAAUUCGAAUACUCAAAUGAAUACUCUACUUCAAGUGAAAAUCAAAUUUUUAUAACGGAAAACUCAGUAGAAGCGCAUCUGUCUACUUUUACGACGGAAACGAAAAUCGGAAAAAUUACGGAAGCUCCACUAAAAGCAACAGCUGAGGCUAAAGUAGUGACAGCAGAAAACUUACACAGUAAACAUAACCAUAUCUGUAAGGAUUUAAUAGAACCUUCUAUGAAAUCAUCAACGGACUCCACCAACACAGAAGUGAAUCUAACUGUGCGCGAUAAAGUUCGAUUCAAUGACACACAGGAACUUAGGGGUGCUAAAAACAGUACAAAAAGCGUAGAAACUCAGCCAACGGAAUUGUCGUUAGUGAGAGGUAAAGUAAUUACAGAACCACGCGACCUAGGCACACCACCCCUAACUCCUUUGAAAAUAAGAACAUAUACAAAAGAAAUCGUGCAAUUAAACCAUAGCAACACAAAUUCUAUUGACGCUUACAGUUCCAAGUUCCAAGUUAGAGUUCCGAGUACAUAUGAACCUAUUCGUGAUGCCGACAUCGAAAAUGAUAGAAAAAUCGCAAACUCUGAUCAAAUUUCAAAGCUAGUGGAUAUUUUGUUACCUCCAAGUACAGACAAUCCUGUACAAGAUUUGAAAAUGGAUCAGAAUUCGGGUUGUGUGACAACUAGAGACACAUUAGCCAAAACGAAACAUUUAAAUCCAAAAGAAUUUAUCAGCAAACACCUUAAAAAUGCUGGUAGUGUUAUAGAAUCCGCUGAAUCAGAAACCCCUUUGGGCAGCUUAGAAAAAAGCACUGGUCUUGUAAGAAUUUGUGAUCCCUUUCAGAGUAAUAUCUCAAAUGAAGGGAAUAAGCAAAUAAUACAUCAAUUCUCUAAUUCAAAGUCUGACACAAGCAGGUCAUUAUCGGCCAGAUUACCAGUAAUAAGGAGCAAUGUUACUUGUAAAACGCUUACGAGAGAUUUGCCCUUAAGAUCUUUCAAAUUAUUCUCAACUAAACAUUCACUAUCUACUACGACACAAAAUACAUUAACAUCUACAAAAGAAGAGACUGUCGAGGACACAACAGUUCGAACAACCCAUGUAGACAUAAAAUUCAAAGAUAAUCUCAUGAAUAUUAAGUCCAACGAUUUGCGUAUAACACGUAAUGUGCAAAAUACAAAUACACUACAAGAUACACCUCAAACUUACAAAAGGACAUUUAGAACGAAAAUUGCAGGUUCUAAUACAAAUUCUGAACCAGUUACAGAAUUUCCAAUUCAUGCUACCGAUAUACCCAAGCUCGAAGUCGUAGUCUUCGGAAACCUGGAUUUAACUGUUCUUUAUUGCCCCAAAGAUUGUAGUAAGCAGCAUGAACAUAAAUAUGACAAAAAGGUUUUUGGUGAUCAGCAUGUGGUCGGUAUUCAGUGGGAUCCAGCAAAGUCUAAAAAAACGAUGAGUAUUCAAACGGUUUAGAAGCCAACGGAAAAAAAUUAUUGUAAAUAAAUCAGUAGAAUUAGAAAUAUUUGUGAGUCCCUUAAUUAAAAUAUACGUUAGUUGGUAGU